AAUAAUCUGUUAUGGAGGAGGUUGGGUUAGGUUAGGUGGUUGCUAUGGUAAUACAACCGGUUACUCCCCACUUUGCGAGAUACGUCCAGUCACCAGGAAGCAGCGUCUGUAUAGAUCAACCAUUUAGGCUGGUGUCAUCCUUACCACUCAAAAUGAAUGAUCCAGCUGUGAAGAGGGUGGUCAGUGAUAUAAUUUGUUCUCCAGAGGACAAAAGGGUUUACAGGGGCCUGGAAUUUACCAAUGGCUUGAAGGCAAUGCUCAUCAGUGAUCCAACAACAGACAAAUCCUCAGCUGCUUUAGAUGUCCACAUAGGUUCACUAUCAGACCCAGAAAACCUCUCAGGCCUGGCACAUUUCUGUGAGCACAUGCUGUUCCUGGGAACACAGAAGUAUCCCAAGGAGAAUGAAUAUGGCCAGUUCCUCAGCGAACAUGGAGGCAGCUCCAAUGCCUUUACCAGCGGGGAACAUACCAACUAUUUCUUUGAUGUGUCCCAUGAGCACUUGCAAGAAGCUCUUGAUAGGUUUGCCCAGUUCUUUCUGUGCCCUCUGUUUGAUGAAAGCUGUAAGGACCGGGAGCUAAAUGCUGUUGACUCUGAGUAUGACAAGAACCUAAAGAAUGAUGUCAGGAGGCUUUUUCAGCUUCAUAAGACCACAGCCAACCCAAACCACCCAUUCAGUAAAUUUGGAACAGGCAACAAACUGACACUUGAGACCAGACCAUCUGAAGAUGGGAUUGACGUUCGUCAAGAGCUCAUGAAAUUUCACUCUGCAUAUUACUCCUCUAACCUCAUGGGACUGUGUGUGUUAGGAAGAGAGUCACUUGAUGAGUUGACUUCAAUGGUGGUAAGACUAUUCAGUGAUGUGGAAAACAAGAAUGUGCCUAUCCCAGAAUUCCCUGAGCAUCCCUUCCAGGAAUCACAACUCAAACAACUCUACAAAGUGGUUCCCGUUAAAGACAUAAGAAAGUUGAAUGUGACUUUCCCCAUCCCAGAUAUACAGAAGUACUACAAAUCUGGCCCAGGACGUUAUCUCGGACAUCUGAUUGGUCAUGAAGGACCGGAAAGUUUGUUCUCUGAGCUCAGAUCCAAAGGCUGGGUGGACACUCUUGCUGCAGGACAAAAAGAAGGAGCCAAAGGGUUCAUGUUCUUCACCAUCAAAAUGGAUUUGACUGAGGAGGGUCUCUUGCAUGUUGAGGACAUCAUUUUCCACAUGUUCCAGUACAUCCAGAAACUGCGCACUGAGGGGCCUCAAGAAUGGGUGUUUGAAGAGUGCAAAGAUUUAAGGAAAAUCGCCUUCAGGUUCAAGGACAAGGAGCGACCCCGUGGCUACACCUCCAGUGUGGCAGGACAAAUACAUUACUACCCACUUGAAGAAGCCUUAGCAGGAGAGUACCUUCUGGAAGACUUCAGGCCAGAUCUGAUCAAAAUGUUGCUUAAUAAGCUGAGACCAGAAAACUUGAGAGUUACAGUGGUGUCCAAGUCAUUUGAGGGUCAGACAGACAGGACAGAGGAGUGGUACGGCACACAGUACAAACAGGAAACCAUAACUGAGGAAACCAUCAAGAAAUGGGCAAAUGCAGACCUCAAUGGCAAGUUCAAAUUACCCAUGAGAAACGAGUUCAUCCCCACCAACUUUGAGAUCUACCCUCUGGAGAAAGACUCUCCUUCAGUUCCCACUUUAAUCAAGGACACAGCUAUGAGCAAGGUGUGGUUCAAGCAAGAUGACAAAUUCUUUCUUCCCAAGGCAUGCCUGAACUUUCAAUUCUUCAGCCCGUUUGCAUAUGUGGACCCAUUGCAUUGUAAUAUGGCAUAUUUGUACCUGGAGCUCCUCAAGGACUCCUUCAACGAGUAUGCAUAUCCAGCUGAGCUAUCUGGCUUGAAGUAUUGCCUCCACAAUGCAGUCUAUGGGAUGUAUCUGUCUGUCAAAGGCUACAACGAUAAACAGCAAAUCCUGCUGAAGAAGAUCGUUCAGAAGAUGGCUACCUUUGAGAUCGAUGAGAAGCGCUUUGACAUCACCAAAGAAGCUUACAUGAGGUCUUUGAAUAACUUCAGAGCCGAGCAGCCUCAUCAGCACGCUGUGUACUACCUCCGUCUACUAAUGACAGAAGUUGUUUGGACCAAAGAUGAGCUCAGAGAGGCUCUAGAUGAUUUAACUCUCCCACGCCUCAAGGCCUUUAUACCUCAGCUGCUUUCACGGCUACACAUUGAAGCCCUUCUCCAUGGCAACAUCACCAAAGAGUCUGCUCUUGGCAUGAUGCAGAUUUUAGAAGACACUCUCACUGAGCAUGCUCACACAAAGCCUCUUCUACCAAGCCAGUUGAUUCGCUACAGAGAGGUGCAGCUUCCAGAUGGUAGCUGGUAUGUUUACCAGAAGAGGAAUGAGGUUCAAGAUAUUUGUGGCAUAGAGAUCUACUACCAGACAGACAUGCAGAGCACCAAUGACAACAUGCUGCUGGAGCUGUUCUCCCAGAUCAUCUCUGAGCCCUGCUAUGACACACUGAGAACCAAAGAACAACUGGGUUACACUGUGUUCAGUGGGCCUCGACGGGCUAAUGGGGUGCAAGGCCUCCGCUUUAUAACACAAUCAAAGAGGGCGCCCCACUACCUGGAGAGCCGGGUGGAGGCCUUCCUCAGCACCAUGGAGAAGGCUGUGGAGGACAUGAGUGAAGAAGCCUUCCAGAAACACAUCCAGGCCUUGGCCACCCGCCGCCUGGACAAACCUAAGAAGCUCUCUGCUGAGUGCGCCAAAUACUGGGGCGAGAUCAUCUCUCAGCAGUAUAAUUUCGACAGAGAUAACAUUGAAGUAGCACAUAUGAAGACGUUGACUAAAGAAGACAUAAUGCACUUCUACAGAGAAAAGCUGGCAGUUAAGGCCCCAAAGAGACACAAGGUGUCCGUGCACAUCUUGUCCAGAGAGAUGGAGUCCUGUCCACCAGUGGGAGAGUUUCCUGCUCAGAAUGAUGUCAGCCUGUCUCCUGCUCCUUCCCUGCCACAGCCCACAUUGGUUCAGGACAUUAUGGCGUUUAAGAAGAGCCUGCCUCUGUUCCCUCGGCCCAAACCUCGCGUCAACUUAGUGACUGCCAAACUAUGAGCAAGGCUGGCGGGUCGUCACACAGCAGCAUGCAGUGGUGGGGAGGAGGAUGUCAGCGAAGGACCUCACUCGGUUUCAAACCUAAACCCACGCACUCUUUAUCUUCUCACAUCAAGCUGUUCGCCUGACUGAGUCCACAAGGCUGUUGCAGAAGUAAAAAUCCUAAAUUAUUAUGAAGGCUUUUAGAGAAGCUUCACAGUGGGAGGUGUUGUCUUUCAUUUCUUCAGAUGCUGCUUUGAGAAUGGGUUGUGUGUGAUGAAAUGGGGGGGGGGGGGGGGGGGGGGGGGGGGGUAUUUUUUGGACAGUCUGAGGCAGCAACAGCUCUGCUGAAAAAAUCACAGAAGUCUAAAAAAGUUUUAUAUAAAUGUUUGCAUUUCUGCGGCCUUACUGUGAUUUUAAUCACUGUUCUUUUUUUAAAUGUUUGCUCUUGUAAACUGGAAAAUGGAACCUUUUAUGAAACUGUUUUUUUAAUUGCCCACUCUACAGUCAUUUUAAGGUUUUAUAGCAGUUCACAAUAGUAUGCGAUCCAAGAACUUCAUGGAUAUUUCAUGUUGUUUUUUUUAAUUAUUUGAUUUGAUUUUAUGGGUUACCUGUAAAUAUUUAAUAAGAUCUCAGCACUGAGAUGUUGGUUUGUGUUGUAAUUUCUGGGGAAAUUGUAUUUAUUUACAUUGAGCAUCUGGAUGUGAGACUUCCUGUAGCUUUUCCCAAUAAAAUAAAUGAAU